AAAGAUGAGGAUCGGGACCGCUUGAAAGUGGGGGAAAGUGCCGGCGCCUCCGCCAACCGGGAAAGCCGCUCGUCAGUGCCGGAGCCAGCAGCCGCGAGGACACCUGCUCUACGCUGGAGCGAGCGCCCGGGUGCGACCCGUGACAUGAGGCUGUGACCGCCGCCGCCCUCCACGCCACUCUGGGCAGUGCAGCGCCAGGCCAGAGAGCGUCGGAGGACUUGACCCCUCGAAGUCUUGGUUGAUUCGCAUCGGACUCGCCCCUGACGAGGCCCAAAGACCAGGGAGGCUGAAAGCCAUUGCAGCGGGGACCGAGAGGCCCUAAGGGCCCAGGGGCCCCAAGGAGGACGAGGCGGCCCGAGCCGCCCGGGACGCGCGGCUAUGAUGGUGCACUGUGCCGGCUGUGAGCGGCCCAUCCUCGACCGCUUUCUCCUGAACGUGCUGGACCGCGCGUGGCAUAUCAAAUGUGUUCAAUGCUGCGAGUGCAAAACCAACCUCUCCGAGAAGUGCUUCUCCCGGGAGGGCAAGCUGUACUGUAAAAACGACUUCUUCAGGCGCUUUGGCACGAAGUGCGCCGGCUGUGCGCAGGGCAUCUCUCCCAGUGACCUGGUGCGCAAGGCCCGGAGCAAAGUCUUUCACCUCAACUGCUUCACCUGCAUGGUGUGCAACAAGCAGCUGUCCACCGGAGAGGAACUCUACGUGAUCGACGAAAACAAGUUUGUGUGCAAGGACGACUACUUGAGCUCCUCUAGCCUCAAGGAGGGAAGCCUCAACUCAGUGUCAUCCUGUACGGAUCGCAGUUUGUCCCCAGACCUCCAGGACCCGUUACAGGAUGACCCCAAAGAGACCGACAACUCGACCUCAUCGGACAAGGAGACCGCUAACAACGAGAACGAGGAACAGAACUCCGGCACGAAGCGGCGCGGCCCGCGCACCACCAUCAAAGCCAAGCAGCUGGAGACGCUCAAGGCGGCCUUCGCAGCCACGCCCAAGCCCACGCGCCACAUCCGCGAACAGCUGGCACAGGAAACCGGCCUCAACAUGCGGGUCAUUCAGGUGUGGUUUCAGAACCGAAGGUCCAAAGAACGCCGCAUGAAACAGCUGAGCGCUCUGGGCGCCCGGAGACACGCCUUCUUCCGGAGUCCGCGGCGCAUGCGUCCCCUGGGAGGCCGCUUGGACGAGUCUGAAAUGUUGGGGUCCACCCCGUACACUUACUAUGGAGACUACCAAAGCGACUACUACGCCCCGGGAGGCAACUACGACUUCUUCGCGCACGGCCCGCCAUCGCAGGCUCAGUCUCCAGCCGACUCAAGCUUCCUGGCAGCGUCGGGACCCGGCUCGACGCCGCUGGGCGCGCUGGAACCUCCGCUGGCCGGGCCACACGGCGCGGACAACCCCAGGUUCACCGACAUGAUCUCGCACCCGGACACGCCUAGCCCCGAGCCCGGCCUGCCCGGCGCGCUGCACCCCAUGCCGGGAGAGGUGUUCAGCGGCGGACCCAGCCCACCCUUCCCUAUGAGCAGCACCAGCGGCUACAGCGGACCCCUGUCGCAUCCCAACCCCGAGCUCAACGAGGCGGCCGUAUGGUAAGGCCAGGGGGCCGGGCCGCCCCCUGCCAUCGAGCCCUGAACGCUUCCUGGGUCACCCUCAAGAGUCCUCUCUAGGGUUCGCACCCACCCGACAACUAGCAUCUCCACCCCUCAGAGCUUCGGAGCGCGCCUGCGUAAUUUCUUGGGACCAAAGUCAAUAUUCUGGAGGGUCGAGAUUCCAAGCACACCCUAGACGCUCCCUGGAUCCCCGCCCGCCAUCACCUCUUUAAACUAAGAGGGGGUUGAGAUCAAGGAGCUGAGACCGCGGCGCUAUCC